UUUCACUCGUUAAAAAGAAGAAAAGGAAUUUGAAAAUCUCUUUAUAGUUACACUUUUACUGGGAUUUUUAUAACUUAAAACCGAACAAUAAAAACAGAAACGGCUCUUGCAAAAUAUAUUUACCAAUAAAAUGUUUUUGGUGUAAAAUUAUUUGGGAAAAGUAAAAUUGUGCCUAAAAAUCCUUCUUUUACAAUUUACUGCAGCUUUGUUAGGAUGCAACAGAAUUCUUUUAGUUGUUUGAAUAUCAUCAGAAAUAAUUGAAAAAAAAAUCAUACUGUCCACUUAUGGCAAGCAUAAUCUUUGUUAAAGUUUCAAAAAAGGAAACAAACAAUCGUGCUUGUAUAAAUGAUGCAUUUACUGUGACAUUGUCGAUACUUAUAAAUAAACAUAUUAUUAACUACAUUAAAGAAGACGAAUUAUUUAUUAAUCAAGGUUGUUUUCUUUCAGGUGUUCAGUUUAGCAUGUCAGUGCCUUCGAUGGUACAUCGAUCAGGCAUCUCGGCUGUGCGCAACGCUGUGAGUGGCGACGCUUUCCACGAACCGACCGACGACGUCCCCGACGCCAUCGAAGACGUCGACGUCGUCGUGCCGCCUGCUGCUGCUGCUCCUCCUGCUGCCAACAACGACGACGACGACUGCGAUCGCACAAGCAGCAGCAAAGAGUUACCCGACUGCAAGGUGAGGCGCAACUACACGUGCACGAGCUGCGACUUCUUCACGCAAAAUCCGCGCAUUUACCUUUACCAUCUUCGCGAUGUGCACAGACAAAAAAUAAAAGUGUACGAGUGUCCGAAUUGUUUAUACGCGUCCAAACAUUUUCAAAAACUGCUGAGACAUUCGAGAAUGGUGCACGGUACCAGUGAAGGUGUUACUCCUACGGAAACAUCCAGAAAAUCGCGCAGACGCUCCAACGAGAACGAUCAUCUGGAAGAUGUCGCGGCUGAAAACGGCGAAGCCGAAGAAUCGUUUUUACUAACCGAAGAGCAUCUCGACGAAGACGUCGGGAUCGACGAGAUGCUCCCGGAAGACCCGGACAGGCCAGUGUUGUUCAAGUGUUCAGUGUGCGCUUUUACGAGCAGGAAUCGCGCCCAGCUCGGCAAGCACGAACGCGAGGAGCACAUCAAAACGAAGUUCUUCCGGUGUUCCAAGUGCACUUACGUGACGCAUAUCAAGGCCAGGUACACGAAACACGUGAAGUACCAUUCGAUGCCGAUGAUUAAGUGCGACAUGUGCGAUUUUCGGACGCCGUACAAGUGGAAUUUGGAUAGGCACUGCAAAAAUCACAACGGCAAAGGAGCUUUUCGGUGUUCCGCUUGCAAUUUUACCGCUGAUAUUAAGCAGAGUCUUACCGUGCACGAAAUGAACCAUCACGUUCCGCCGGUGGGUCAGGCGGCUGGACUUGGUAUCGGACGUCGCAGGAAUAAGGUGGGAGCUAGCGAUACCACUGCUGCUGAAGAAGCGGCUCAUCAGGAACCUUUCCAGAUUGACGGAGUACCUGAAGUUUCUGUUAAAGAAGAGCCUCAAAGAAGCAGACAAAAAACUAAAACAACUUCGAAAAAAUCAAAAGUGACUACUAGUGCUUGCAGUACAAACGGUGUGAUAAGUGAACAAACUCAGGGAAAAUUAUCAGAAUUUAUUCAUCCGGAUGAUAUAGUUCAACACUCUAAUGGCAAAGUGUACAUCAAAAACAAAUGUAAGCUAUGCAAUUAUAAAACUGCUUGGGACAGUGAAAUGGCCAAACACGAAAAACACUUUCACAACAUUGAUAGAGAAAUAAACGAAAAAAAGAAAACUUCUAGACCAAUUCCAAACUUGAUUCCGCUCAAUCAACAACGAGCGUUUAGCAUCAAAGAACCCAUGAUGAGUCAAAAAGAUAUUAACGAUAUUUGCAGAAGAUCAGCCAAUAGUGCCCUAAAAGACUUUGCCCCAAUAUGCGGCAGCGAAGAUGUCUUUAAAAGUCCUUCAACUUCAAAAGUACCUGAUCUCAUUCCUACUUCAAUAUUUUCAUUUACCAAUAGAAAUAAGUCGAUUGAUUUUAAACAGAAAAAUGCUUCGUUUUUCGAUCGCCUCAAGGAAAAACUAGAAAUUAAUACAGGAUGUAAUUUAAUGUGUAGUUUGUGCGGGCACGAGAGUAAGUGUUUGACUGAACAGGCCAAACACCAGAAAAUAUGUGGUAAGGAAUUGAAUAAAGUUCCUAAUAUAAUACCAGUUCAUAAUAUAAGUGCUUCGAGGUGUCAAUAUUGUAGACAACGUUGUAAAUCCAGUGCAGAUCUUUACAAUCAUUUGCAAACCUGUGCAGAAGCUAUUAAAAUGCAUAGCGACUUGGAUUUGAACGAUACUUCAUCCGAACAUGAAAAUGAACUGAAAAUUGACGAAGAUCGUCACAGUGUGGAUGAUGAAUUUGAUAAUAAACCACACCCAAUGGAAAAUAAAGUAUUCGUUUGGAAUGACAUCAUGGUCCCUAUGGAUAUUGAUGUGGACGAUUCUAAUUACGAAUAUACCGAAGAUAAACUAGACGACAAUGGUUCUUUGGAUUUGUCAAUUAGAACCCAUUCGCCUGUAAAUAGUGAAAAUAGUUAUAUUGGACAAGAAAACAAUAAUAGUAUUAAUACUAACAAUAAUUUAUCUACUAGUGUCCAACAUUCGCCUGUCCAAACAACAACACCUUCACCUUUACCACCAACCGAAAAAAUCCCAACUCACGGUAACGAUAUUUCAGUGGCUCAACACAAAAGAGUGUUCAAAUGUCCUCACUGUACUUUUUGGGCUUCGACAGCUUCAAGGUUCCAUGUACACAUUGUGGGCCACCUCAAUAAAAAACCUUUUGAAUGUUCCCUGUGCUCCUACAGGUCAAAUUGGAGAUGGGACAUAACCAAACAUAUUAAACUCAAAUCCGUUAGAGAUCAAGCGCACGAAAGCGCAAAAGUUCUAAUGACAGACGAAACAGGCCGUAGAAAUUAUACCAAAUACAACAAGUACCUUACCGAAAUACCUUUGAGCAGUCUUCAGUCUUCUAAUGAUACCAGCGGAGGCUCUGGUACCAGACCGAAAAGUCACGACAGGAAUUCUUCGCCUUCGACCAGUAAAUCGGAUAAGAAGUUUCCGACAAGUGGUGAUGUGGCACUAAUGAAAGUCGGAAAUGUUCGAUCGCCUCCAGGAUUGACUGCGGCCGAUAAACAAUUUUUGGCCAACGUGACGCAAGAAAAGAAGCGAUCCAAUUCCGAUAGCAAGAGGACCUUGUUUAAGUGCAAGAAAUGCAACUUUAGAAACGCAUCCAGAGAAAUCCUCCUACAGCACGUGAAAGGUCACUACCAACAGGACCAGCCGCUGGACCAUCACGAGCUGAUCCAGCAAGCUGUCGCAGCCGCCCAGGUAACGGUCACGCCCUCGCCCUUAGCCCUAGUAACCGGCGCUGGCUUGGCCGGACUAUUCUCGACGCAGGAUUUAAGUUUAAGGGGUACGAGUCCUGAUAGAGACGAGCGUCACUGCAGAUUGAAGCACAGCGGCGAUAUCAGAGUGGUAAGCACUAAAAACGGAGAAGAAAAAUUAGAAGUAGAAGAACAACUAGAUGAUUCAAACGACAUGGACAUACUACAACCUGGAUCCAUCAAAUGCGAAAUCUGCCCGUAUACCACGGACAACCAAGACACGUUCCAAACCCACUUAACUGGCCACCUACCCCAACCAGACAGUGCCUUCAAAUGUAUAUUUUGUAAUUUUUCUGUAGCCGACGAAAAAGAUGUAUACGACCACGUGAGACUACACGAAAUUAGCAAUUCGACUGACGCCGAUGGUAAAAAAUUCCGAUGCGUACUUUGUCCUUACGUAACCAACUCUAAAUCGCAAUAUACUUAUCACAAGCAAUUCCAUAAGGACCGUGGUGGUCAGUAUACUUGCAGUCACUGCUCCUAUAACGUCAGCAAAAGGCAUUUGUUGCAUCAACACUUGAAAGUGCACGGUAUCAAUGUGUCACUUUCAAAGCAAAACGGAAACUUUGUAGAAGUAGCUGAUCUUGGCAAUGAAGCAAUAAUUGAUGAUACUCUUGUGCCAGAUUCAAUAAUGGAUUUAUCUCAGUUUGCUGACAUACCUUUAGUUUGGGUUUCAAAAAAUGGAAAAUUUUCGAAAAUGUUCAAAUGCAGAUAUUGCCCUCAUGUGAAUUUACGUAAAGUUAAUAUACACGAACACGAAAAGAUGCAUACUGUUCGCGAGAAGAAUCCAAAUUCAAGUAGAAUGAACGAAGUAGAGCAUCGUUGCCCCGAAUGUAGUUAUCUAUGCAAUAACGCUGGUGUUUUAUCAUCUCAUUCCAAAGUCCAUCAAGGCUUAUACGGCAUAGUCCACUGCUUAGUAGAUUUAACAAAAUCCGACGAAGAGCAAAUCAGAGAGCUAACCAAAGCAUUAGGCUCAGUAGUCGAAGGUAUAGAUACUUCAGAGUUUUUGGAAGUUGAAAUGGAAGAAGUCGACCCUUCGUCGGAAAAGGUGCUCUAUUUUUGCAAAGACUGUCCAGCAAGAUUUCUCAAAGAAAACGAAUUCGUUAUUCACAGGAAUUUCCAUAACUCUAAUUUGCAAUACAAAUGCAAUCUUUGCAGUUAUGCCGCUGACAACGAGUCAUAUUUGAUGUCACAUUUAAAAAUUCAUGCUACUGAAUACCAAGAGAGAAGCAACAUCUUAAAAAGUUUCCACUCUACUAGCCCUAAUCAUCCAGAGCCUGAACUUAGGCAAAAAAUCGGCGCCAAUGGUGAAAUCGUUUGGGGUGUAGACAACACUGGCAAAAGCGAAUUGGAACAAAAAAAUAAUAUAUUAGCUUCGUUUUUGAGCAAACCUUUAAAAUCAACCGUACCAUUAUCCGGUACUGAUUUAUUUCAACAACGCUCAGAAGCCCAACAAAGGCAAAAUACCGAAUCAGAUACUUUUACUGCUGAUAACCACGCACCUGCUACUAAAAUUAAAACAUCCGAUCCUCAGUUUGGCAGCCAAAUGCAUGGUAAUCCGGAAUUUAUUUAUCAAACUUACAUAAAAAAUGGGAGAACGAAAGAAAAACGCUACAAGUGCCAUAAAUGUCCGAGUGCGUUCGAAAAACGCGAACAAUACAAAAUCCAUUUGGGACUUCACGGAUCACAGCAACGUUAUAAUUGUGAUUCUUGUGAUUAUUCCGUGAAGUAUUAUGCAAAUUUCGUGCAGCAUCUGAAGAAGCAUAAAUUCAACGAGGACGCACAGGCCGCGAAAAAAGGUACAACUGACGAAAACGACGAAAUUAUAGACGAAAGUAUGGAAGUUACUUCUGAAGCUAACACUGAAGAAUAUGGUGAUGUGUCUCCUAAGUUAACUCUAGCUGAUCAACAAAUGUUGGACAUUAUGCAAGAACGAAAUUCUAUAAGUCCUAAGGACAAAAAUCUUCUCUGGUGUGAACAUUGUCCUUAUGUAGCAUCGCGUAAAGAUGCAUUAGAAAAUCACCAAAAAAGACACGAAUGUGUCUCGGGUUUGAGAAGUGCUUACGCUUGCGAACAUUGUGAUUAUACUGUGCCACAGGCUCACUAUUUGAGAGACCAUACAAAAAUACACUUUCUACCAAAUAAAACUCCAUAUAACCAAGUCAAUGGUUAUAUGACAUGUGAUAACCUAAAGUUAACCUCAAAGAAUUUAAAGGCCAGUGAGGAUGAAAAUGAAGAGAUCAUUUAUGAAGAUGUUUUAGAAUUAAAUAAUGAUGAAGAGGAGAAAUUUAAUAAUAACAAAGGUGAAAAACGUUUAAUAAAUGUACAAACCGGGGACUUAGUUGUUAAGAAAGAUGUUAGUGAUUUAAAAGUAGAGGAAAAUAAUUUACAAAUGGGAGUAAAUUAGUCAAAACUUCUAGUGAUCAUAAUUUAUCCGUUAAAUAACUUGAAUUACUUAAAAUAAUAUAUUAAUUAACAAUGUUUGCCUUCUUAGUCAUAGAAUAGAGUAUUUUUACAGAGUAUUUUCACACGACGGUAGCACUUUUAGCAUUAUAACAUUUGUAGUAUUAUUACCACUUUAUGUUGUUUAGAGAAAAAAAAAUACUUAUAUUUUAAUUUUUCAUAGAAAUAAUUAUUGUUUUCUUUUAGAUGGGGAUUAAUGCCAAAGCAUUUAAUGCCAAAAUUUGCCAUAAUAUUGUUGUUUAUUGUUUACACAAAUAAAAGAUUUACGAA